CAAUCAGGAAGUGGCGCUGCGCACCGAGCGAUGAGACGCGCUCGCCAAACACGGUCAGGUUUGUUUGUUUUGAUGCCUCCUGUCUGACCCGCCGGACGGGCCUCCUCUCUCCCGGACGGGCCUCGUCUCUCCCCCGCGUGUCCCUCGGCUGCGGCGUCGUGGUGGACGCUGCUGUUGAUAUUUGUGGAGCAUGGCCGACGGUCCGGAGGCUGAUGUGGAUGACCCGCCCAGUAUCAAUUUCCCCCCGCUCAUCACUGUGUCCGAUCUGCCCAGCGCCACCGCUGCAGGUCGUAACCUGAAGGAAUGGCUCCAGGAGCAGUUCUGCGACAAACCUCUGGAGCAGGAUGACAUGCGGCUCCACAAUGCGGCCUACGUGGGAGAUCUGGACACCCUGAGGAACCUGCUGCAGGAGGAUGACUUCAGACGGCGUAUCAACGAGAAGUCGGUGUGGUGCUGCGGCUGCCUUCCCUGCACGCCCCUGCGGAUCGCCGCCACCGCCGGGCACGCCGCCUGCGUGGCCUACCUGAUCGCCCAGGGAGCCGAGGUGGACCUCGUGGACGUCAAGGGCCAGACGGCGCUCUACGUGGCCGUGGUCAACGGGCACCUGGACUGCGUCCGGAUCCUCCUGGAGGCCGGAGCCGACCCCAACGGGAGCCGGCACCACCGCAGCACGCCGCUGUACCACGCCGCACGCGUGGGGAGGGUGGACAUCCUGCAGGAGCUGAUCAGGUUUAACGCCGAUGUAGACAUGGACCACCAGCUGGGUCCGCGGCUCCUGCUGAGCGCCCGGACCCUCAACACCCUGGUGGUGUGUCCCCUCUACAUCAGCGCCGCCUACCACCACCUGCACUGCUUCCGCCUGCUGCUCCAGGCCGGCGCGCAGCCCGACUUCAACUACACGGGGCCCGUGUGCCAGGAGGCGCUGACGCGCGGCCUGGCCUCCUGCCUGCUGGACGCCGUGCUGCGGCACGGCUGCGAGGUGGCCUUCAUACACCUGCUGCUGGACCACGGCGCCAACCCGGCCCUCGUGCCCUGGGACGAGUCGGAGCUGGAGGCGCCCAACCGGAGGAAGGUGGAUCCGGACGCACUCAGGGUCUUCCUGGAGGCGAGGAGACAGCCUCGCAGGCUCACACACUUCUGUCGCAUCAGGAUCCGCCGGACGAUGGGAAAAACCCGGCUGAACCACAUAUCCUUGCUCCCGCUACCAGAACCAAUCAAGAACUUCCUGCUUCACCAAAACUGACUGCCGUCCCUCUCCUCCUCGUCCUCCUCCACUGUGCUCGUCCCACGGAAACCUCAGUCAGUCCCAAAGACGUCUGAACGUCUCCGUCUGAACGUUUUGUUUUGUGACCAUUAACAGAGUCAGUAACGUGGUUUUACAACUAUUUGGAAGUCAGCGCUCGAGUUACACUCUUAUCUUUCUGUCACUUUUAAAGGUAACUUAAAUGCUUCGAAGCUUAUCAGAGAAUCUGUCGUGGACUUGUGGAAACAGUGUCGAUGUUCUUCUCGUGUCCUGCUCAGAUCUCCACGGAGCGUCCUGGUCCUGCGUCACAAAGCACUUUUCUAGCUUAAGAAUGUUUGGUCUGGAGGAACGACUCAGACAUGCCAUGUAAUAUUGGAGGAGUUUAGGCUUUUCUCUUUGGAGUUUGCAUGUUCUCCCUGUGUGGCCGUGGAGGUUUCUCUGGAAAGAACAUGCGUUUCAGGUCAAUCGGUGGCUCUAACUGGUCCGGAGCGGCGGUCGUAUCCAUCUUUCAACUGAGAUCUGCUCCAGUAACCCUGAGUACGGAGUUAAAAUCCUGCCAAACCCUCAUAAACACACAAAACAUGUUUUACUCACACCCGACGACUCACAGAUCAACUCAGUGUGGUUCACAAAUACAAAGCGCCAUGCACAAACCAAGGCAUUUUGUUUUACAAAUAAGAAGCAAACAUAUAAAAAUAAUACAUAAUAUGUCAGAAACAAAUACAACACGUUUUACACAUACAAAGAAACAUAUUUCUUCAAUUACAAAAAUAAAACUGCAAACAAAAACAUUUCAUGUUUGGUGCUUGUUUGUGGCUGACCCAUCGUAUGGAGGGUAUCACUGGGGGUCAUCUGGCCAGAUGGAAACUCUGCAGUCUUCCCCAUGCUGAACCAAGCUGAAGCAAUUUAUUGACACCUGGGGAAACUUGUGCAGUUUCUUUGAGUUUGGUUGAGGAUUAGUGUGUGACACUUGGUUUAAAACAUUCAUGCCCUGCAAGAACUGGGCUGAUUUCUUCACGGUAUGCUAAGCUGAGAGCCCAAAAUAUGUAAAAAUAAAUCCUUGAAAUCAUUUAAAUUGUGGGCCCUGAAUCUAUAAUCUAUAAAAGUUUAACUUUUUUAUAAUAGAAUUAUGGCAAUGAACUUUUCCAUGAUAUUCAAGUUUUUUGGAAAAGGGCUGUAAAUUUAACACUAUGAGCAGCGAAUAUGGCGGCCUUAAAUGAAAUCAACAGCGCCACCUGCUGCAGUGGAGUUCAAAGUUUACUGGCAUCUGUGUGUGGACCUCAUUACAUUUGUUUGCAAAAUCUGCAAGGUGGAAUAAUAGUGCCAGAAGUCACAUGACAGUGGUUAGGGCAUGCCAAAACACUUACAUAGUUGUAGAAUUGUUUUUGUACUUGAAUAUUUUAGUUUGCAUUUAAAUUUUUUUGUUUUGUUUUUGAGGAAAUAUGCCUCUUGGUAUGGGUAAAACAUUGUAUUUGUUUCUGACACAUGAUGUAUUUAUUUUAAAGAAUUUUUUUCUUAUUUACAAAACAAAAAGCAUUCGUUUGUGAAUGGUAUUUUGUAUUUGCAAACCACACUGAGUUUGUGAAUCGUUGGGUGUGAGUAAAACAUGCUUUGUGUGUUCAUGGGGCUUUGUCAGGAUUUUAACUCCAUACCUGAGCUGGAUAAGGCGGUUUAGAUGAUAGAUGGGUAGAGAAACUCUGUCCAGAGUCAGCUCCUUGAAUUGCUCACUCGUAUUCUGGGUAAACCUGGGUUUAUACCUUUCCUGCAGCCAAGCUGUGGAGAAUCCCAGAAUGCUUACCUUAGAAAUGUAUACAUGUUUCCAUUAUGAUCAACUAGGAAGUGGUAACAUUUUUCUAAAUCUUUCAUGGUUCACAUUUAGUUUCUUCUGUCGUUUUGUGAUUCUAACUCUCUUUGGUUUCAGGCUGCUUGAUUUCCCCUCCUCGUGUCUGAUUGCUGUUCUCUGCCCUGAUGUGUUUCAGUUGAGCUUCAGUGUGUCGUCUUCACGUGGUGGCUUCGGUAAAUGUUGGACUUUUCUGGUGUGUCUUGUGUUGCCGGUUCAUUCUGCGAGGGAUUGGUGAAGCAGCCAGGCCAUACAAUGCCGUAACAAAAGCUUGUUUCAUUAGAAGUACUAGAGAAAGGGAGGGGAAGCAAGCUGCCAACAAAACCUGAAGCACAAAGGAACGUAGAAGUCACAAGAACACAGAUAAGCCAGCAAACAAGACACAAAGGAAAAGUCUAAUAUGUAUCACAGCCACCAGGUAAAGACAAUCUCUCACUCAGAUACUGGUGAAACACAUCAGGACAGAGAAGAGCAAUCAGACACCAAGAGGGGAAGUCAAGGAGCCUAAAAUGAGCGAUAGAAUCAGAAGCUCAAAAUAACACAAGAAAUUAAUCGUGAACCAUGACACAAUCUCCUCCAACAUGUUACAUCUUAUUUAUAAAGUGAAGGCUAUGGACAACUUGAACAGGGAAAGUUGACACCAUUUAUUUAAAGACAUCUUUAUCUUGCUGAUGAAUUCUGAGAUGUUCUUCGUACUGCGACGGUACCGUCAGUGUCCCUGUUAGGUGUCUGGUCUAGUUUAGUGGUGUUCAUGCUGCUCUCCAGUUUCCCCGGACCUUAGAAUUCAGAUCUGUUUCAGGUCUUCUUGAUUUUUAAAGUCGUAAAAAAACCUCCUUAGGUGAGUAUCCUGAGGGUAAACUUGCCUCAAAGGGCCUUGACUUCCAUUGCUGAGAUGGCUGUUUGCGGUGUGUAAUUGUUAUUGCAGCAUGUAGAAGACUUUCUCCUGUUUCUAUGACACAGUUUCUCCUCAAAGUGUCCAUUCAAUGUUGUGAUCAGCGGCAUCAUUCAAAGUCGGCUAGUUUGAGUCUGAGGCUUCAGGAAAGCAGCAUUAAUCCAGGUAAAAGCUCAAAACAAGAAAUAAGUGCAGGUACAAGUCUUGUUGAUGCAAAAUUUUGAAUGUAGACUGAUUUGUUUCAGAAAUGGAAACCUCUGAAUUGAAAUGUACAGGUAGAUUAAAAGUGGUGUAGAGUGUGGUGCAGUCAUGCAAAGUGCAUCUAUUUUCAUCCACCUUCUUCUUAAGCUGCACAGUUUCCUGUGUUUUGGUUGAAUAGAAAAUACUUUAUUUGCCUUAACUUUUUCUUUUUAUAUCUACUGAAGAUAAAUCAGGAAUUUAAAACAAUAAGUACCAUGAGCAAUUCAAGGCCCUGGAUUCAGGCUUAAACAUUAGACAGGAGAAAAGUUUACAUUUUCAGCGACUUUUUUUUUUGUAUCGUUCAUGUCAGGCUGAAAACAAGAAGGAAAUAUCGAGAAACUUAGUAAUGUUUAAUCAAAAAUAACGAAUCACUGACAAUAUUCUCGUUCUGGUCGUCAUAAAGUCCUGUGUACUGCAUUACUGUUGCACAUUUUAUUUCCCUCCAGUACUAACAUGAAACUGAAGAACAUAUUGAAAUGUGUGUUUUGCUUUGUAUAUUUAAAAUUUAUUUGCACCCAGUAAAUGUCUUGUUAUUCGGUGCUAUUUCCUGUGUGUUGGUUUUUUUUUUUACAGUAUAAAAUUAAGUGAGAGCUGAGGAAUUCUUCAAAGGUAAGAUCAUCACGGUUCCUCCUCUGUUAGUCAUCUACAAACAAUGAGAACAGAGUUUCUUCCUUGCAAGCUUUUCCAAGGUCUGUCAUAGUGAAGUAUCUGGAGUUUCAGUUUGGUUCAAUCCAGAGAGACAAAAUCGUCUCUGUCCGAAUCAUGAGUGGAAAUUAUGAGGCUGUGAAGGAUUUGAAGGUAGUUACUCUCAUAUUUUUUACUGGUUGAUCCUGGUGAUAGUCGGAUGAUAAACGGCCUCCGUCACUGAAACCAGAUGACUGAACCCCCGCAGAGCUGUCUCCUCACGUUUUCACUGUUUCUGCUCUUCAAGCCUUUCAAUAAAUCAAGAUCAAUGAAAAUGA